UGAUCUUACAAGCAACAUGGAAGCGGGAAAGGAUAGAGAACAUUUGUUGGCACUAAAAGUGAUGCGGCUAACAAAGCCGUCUUUCUUCAGUGACCCGAGACUGCCAGUUGAUCCACAUGACCUAACUGGCUCCUUACAGCAUACAAUGUCUGGUAAAAUCUGGGCUGUGGAGUCAUGUGAUCAGUUUCCCAUCAGUGACCUUCUCACAUUACCACAGAGUUUUGGGAACAUUUUCCUUGGUGAGACGUUCACAAGUUGCAUCAGUAUCCACAAUGAAAGUGACCAGCUAGCAAAAGAUGUUGCAAUCAAGGCUGAUCUGCAGACAAGUUCUCAGCGGGUGUCUUUAUCAGCCAACACGCCAGAAGUCAUUCAGGAGUUGGCACCAGAUGCCAGUAUAGAUGAUGUCAUUAGUCAUGAGGUUAAGGAACUUGGAACUCACAUAUUAGUUUGCGCAGUGAGUUACACAACCCUGCUGGGUGAAAAGCUGUACUUUCGGAAGUUCUUCAAAUUUCAGGUGCUAAAGCCAAUAGAUGUCAAAACCAAGUUCUACAACUAUGAGGAUGAAAUGGUGUACUUAGAGGUACAAAUACAGAACAUCACCUCUUCGCUUAUCUGCAUGGAGAAGGUGGUGCUGGAGCCUUCAGCUCUCUAUUCUGUCAAGAACCUCAACACAGUCAAUACCAGUCAAAAAACGACAUUUGGCGACAUUGCAUAUCUUGGUCCACUCGAUACCAGGCAGUUCCUAUACUGCUUGCAUCCAGUGCCAGGAAGCACUGACUGGACAGCAUUGCAUGGAGUGACAGUCAUUGGAAAGCUGGACAUCAUCUGGAAGUCCAAUAUGGGCGAGAAAGGAAGACUACAGACUAGUCCGUUGCAGAGAAUGGCUCCUGGUCAUGGAGACAUAAGAUUUGAACUGAUUAGUUCCCCAGAUGUUGCUGAACUGGAGAAGACUCUACAUUUGACAUGCAAGUUGACUAACUGUGUUGAACGAACUAUGGAGCUCGGUUUAUCGUUACAAAACUACCACCAGAUAGGGUUGCUAUGGUGUGGCAUAGCAAAUAAGCAACUUGGUAGAUUGGAAGCAAAUAGUAGCAUGGAGCUAAAUCUGAAAAUUCUAUAUACAAAACCAGGACUGCAGAGUAUAUCUGGAAUCAGGGUCACUGAUACAUUCCUAAAGAGGACGUACGAGUAUGAUGAUAUAGGACAGGUACUUGUCAUGCAGUCGGUCUGCUGAUCAGCUACACCAGCCGAUUCACUCCACGCAACCCAUUCCAUUCCAGGCGUACUGAAUUGCAGUCACUGCCAAGUGCUGGAAAAUUGACACUACUGUAUCUAUAGCAGUGCUUGUUAGCAGUAAAAAAUAGGUGUUAAAUCAACACCUUUCGAUCUUGGGUGUCUUUGGUCGUGGUUUGGUGUAUAUACGGUAAUAAUGAGUGUGUAUGAGCGUGGAUGUGCAGUGCACACGGAUAUUCUGCAUGUGUGUGUAUGUGUAUUUAAAUACAUGUGAAAUGUACAUAUACCUGUUAUAGCUAUACUAUAUAACGUGUAGAAACUAUAUGAAUAUAUAGGUGGUUUUGAAAAUUGACCAGGCUCUCCUGUUGUAUAAAAUAAUUGCAGUUCUUAGUAAUACCAUAUAACUACGACUGUAACGAUGCAGUGAAACAAUUUUGCCAACAGACACUAACUCAUAGAGGUUCUUUUCUGGCAGAGCUUCUUUUCUUCAGCAUUGAUUCAUAAGGAAUCAGAGUAGGCAGUGUCAUAUAAAUUGUAGAUUCAUUUACCUGGAAAGUAACUAUAGGUCCUAUUAUCCUCGGUGCUAAUUUGUAAAUCAUGCCGUAGACGUUGUGAUCAUGAUUUCUCCGUGCUGUUGGAAGUGAACACCGUCGCGGAAACGCGACAAUGUUCCAUUAUUCUCUGGUUUUCAAAAUAAAAUCAUGGAAAUGCUUUAUUGAGUCAUGUUUUUUCAGAUUUUCAUUUAUAUACAGUUCUAUGCAUGAAUAAACAUUCAUAAAUCGUAA